AUGGACCUUAAGUUUGUACUGUUUUUUGUUCAAUUGACUGCAGUGACUAAAGCACACCUGAUUAGAAUAAAAAACAACUGCUCGUUUACUGUAUGGCCCGGCAUACAAGGCGACCCGGAACACGAACAUCUCCUAAACGGCGGAUUUUUGUUGGACGCUUACAAGACCCAUACGUUUAAUACGCCUCGAAAUUGGGCGGGCAGGAUUUGGGGUAGGACCAAUUGCGACAGUCAAGGAAAAUGCGAAACGGGCGAUUGCGGUAAGUCUAUAUGGACAUAUGGUCGAUUUGUAAUAGGCUUAUUGCGAUACGUUCGACCCUAUAUUAUUCGGAAAACGGAAGUAGAAACGUCUUAA